AUGAGUCAAGAGAAGAAGUUAGAUUACUCCAUUGACCAGGAGACUCAACUGGAAUCUGGUGAAUUCCACGAACAAAACAGCUAUGUUUCGCAAUCUGAUGCUUCUCCAGUCGAGGGUACCAGGUGGGAACGGUUCAGGGACUCGUUCAAGCGAGCUGAUACUCAGGAUUUGGAUCCUAAUUUAACGGACGCCGAGAAAAUGGCCAUUCUUACAGCUAAUGCGCCUUUGAAAAGAACUUUGAAAUCAAGACAUUUGCAGAUGAUUGCCAUCGGUGGUGCUAUUGGUACCGGUCUUUUCGUUGGUUCUGGUAAGGCAUUGGCUACUGCCGGUCCUGCAGGUAUCUUGAUCGGUUGGGCUCUUACCGGUACUAUGAUUUACUGUAUGGUUAUGGCCAUGGGUGAGUUAGCUGUCACUUUCCCUAUCGCUGGUGGGUUCACCACUUAUGCAUCCAGAUUUGUCGAUGAAUCCUUCGGUUUCGCUUUUAACACUAUUUAUAUGUUGCAAUGGUUAGUUGUGCUUCCCUUGGAAAUUGUUGCUGCUUCUAUUACGGUGAAUUACUGGGGUACUCCAGAUAAAUAUAGAGAUGGGUUUGUUGCGUUGUUUUAUGUGGUGAUUGUCGCUAUCAAUUUCUUUGGUGUUAAGGGUUACGGUGAAGCUGAAUUUAUCUUUUCCUUCAUCAAAGUUAUCACUGUCAUUGGAUAUAUCAUUCUUGGUGUCAUUCUUGUAUGUGGUGGUGGCCCACAAGGUGGUUACAUCGGUGGUAGGCUAUGGCAUAACCCAGGUGCCUUUGCUAAUGGGUUCAAGGGUGUCUGUUCCGUGUUCGUUACUGCUGCAUUCUCCUUUGCUGGUUCUGAAUUGGUCGGUUUGGCCGCAGCCGAAACUGCAAACCCAAGAAAGUCCUUACCAAGUGCCGCUAAGCAAGUGUUCUGGAGAAUUACUCUUUUCUAUAUCCUUGCCUUGUUGAUGGUCGGUCUAUUGGUCCCAUACACCAGUGAUAGAUUGAUUGGACAAAGUUCUGUCGAUGCUGCUGCAUCCCCAUUCGUUAUUUCCAUUCAAAAUGCCGGUAUUAAAGGUUUACCUUCUGUGAUCAACGUUGUUAUCUUGAUUGCUGUUCUAUCUGUUGGUAACUCUGCUGUUUUUGCUUGCUCAAGAUCCAUGGCUGCAUUGGCUAACCAAGGUUCUUUACCAAAGAUUUUUGGUUACAUUGACAGAACCGGUAGACCAUUGGUCGGUAUUAUUGUCACUUGUGUCUUUGGUUUGUUAUCCUUCAUUGCUGCAUCUCCAAAGGAAGGUGAAGUAUUCGACUGGUUAUUGGCGUUGUCUGGUUUGUCCUCUUUGUUUACAUGGGGUGGUAUCAUGCUUUGUCACAUCAGAGUUAGAAGAGCUUUGGCCGCACAAAACAGAACCACUGCUGAACUCAGUUUCACCGCACCAACUGGUGUAUGGGGUUCCGUAUACGGUUUCGUAUUGAUUAUUUUGAUCUUGAUGGCCCAAUUCUGGAUCGCUUUGUUCCCAAUUGGUGAUAAACCAAGUGCAUCUGCCUUCUUCGAAGCUUACCUAUCGUUCCCAAUCUUGAUUGCGUUCUACAUCGGUCACAAGAUCUGGAAGAAAAACUGGAAGUUGUUUAUCAGAGCCAAGAAUAUUGAUAUCGAUACUGGUAGAAGAGAAACUGACAUCGAAGCUUUGAAACAAGAAAUUGCCGAAGAAAAGGCUUUUAUCGCUUCCAAACCAUUCUACUACAGAAUGUACAAGUUCUGGUGUUGA